CCCCGACUUCUCCAUCCAUGAACAGUGACUACCCCGCUUCAGACCUUGGAGGGUCAACUUAACCCAAAACUUCUUUUCAAAUGGGCCCCGUUGCCUAGCGGUUCCUCCCCAAGCCUCGCCGACUGAGUUGAAUCGAGCGCUCCCGAACAUCAAGCUCGUCUGAGUCAGUAAAGGAUUCGUAACGUGACCAACUGAAGAAUGGCAGCUAUUCCAGCAGGCGGCUCUCUUGUGGCAACCACUGACUACUACCGAAGGCGCAUCGGCUCUACGUCCAGCAGCAGCUCUUGUGGCAGUUCGGAGUACAGUGGCGAGGUCAUCCCUCACCAUCCAGGUCUCCCUAAGCAGGACUCGGGUCACUGGUGGUCCAGCUUCUUCUUUGGGAAGCAGCCGGGGAUGACGACGCUGACGGAGGAGGCGCAGCAGAAGGUGGGGGUUUUGGGUGCAGCGGCGAGCGGCCAGCUCACCUGCGUCGCCAGGGAGAUGGUGCAGAGGCAGGUGAGCGAGAGCAGCGACGCAGGAAGCCCUGCUUCAUCCUGAUCUCCUCGCUUUGACCCACGCUGCACUUGGAGUUGAACCAACGACCAACGCUAGGUGACGGGAGGCUAUCCCGUUUGCCAACUUUUUUUUUUUUUUUUAAAAAAAAAAACCUUUUUACCAUUUGUACUGUUGUGAUUGUGACGCUGUGACGCUCACUCACACGCUCUGACACCUCUGUCCUGUCAUUUGUAAACGCAAUAAAGUAGAUUUGCAGCCUAAA